CUUCCUUCUUCACUCCGUUGAUUUUUCCUCUCUCUCUCUCUAAGAAUCUCUGUUUCUCUCUCUCUCUCUCUCUCUUCGGAAUCGACAUGUCACUCAGGCGAUCUUAUCUCUCGCGGAAAAUCAUUCAUCGUUCAUUCUCACUCUCGAAAUCCUACAAAGAAUCUAAAUCCGCAGAAAUCACAUCCAUCAGCAGUAAUAUUGAUAAUCAGCGAGAUGAGGGAGACAAAAGGGGAGAAAAUCAGCAGCGGCAGCAACAGCAACACCAACAGCAGCAGCAGCGCGGCGCCGUCGUAUCAUCUGGGGAAUCCGAAUCGGGGUCGUGGGCGGGGAUGCUUCCGGAGCUUCUGGCCGAAAUAAUACAAAGAGUGGAAUCGAGCGAGAAUCAAUGGCCGCAGCGCCAAAACGUCGUCGCAUGCGGCUGCGUCUGCAAGCGGUGGAGAGAUGCCACAGCUGAGGCCGUCGAGAUCGCCUCCCUCCGUCAGCUCGGCAAAAUCACCUUUCCGUCUUCCCUAAAAAAGCCAGGGCCUCGGGAUGCUCCACUCCAAUGUCUCAUAAAACGUGACAAGAAGAAUGCAACAUUUUACCUCUAUCUGGCUCUCACACCAUCAUUCACAGACAAAGGGAAGUUUCUCUUGGCAGCACGAAGAUACAAAAAUGGGGCGCGCACCGAAUACAUUAUAUCUUUAGAUCCUGAUGAUUUAUCUCAAGGAAGUAAAGCUUAUGUUGGAAAAUUAAGGUCAGAUUUCCUAGGCACCAAUUUCACAGUAUAUGAUAGCCAACCACCACACAGCGGAGCUAAACCAUCAAACAGUAAAUCUGGGCGCCGUGUGGCAUGCAAGCAGAUAAGUCCGCAAGUCCCAGCUGGCAACUUUGAAGUAGGGCAGGUCUCUUAUAAAUUUAAUCUCUUGAAGUCAAGAGGGCCUCGGAGGAUGGUGUGCUCACUUACGUGCCCAGUGUUGGGUGAGCAGUCAUGUGACACCACCCAUAAAGACCACUUGAAAAUGAAGCAGCCCGAAUGCUCCGCCCCGGGGCACACAAUUUUGAAAAACAAAGCGCCAAGAUGGCACGAACACUUGGAAUGCUGGUGCUUGAAUUUUCAUGGCAGAGUAACCGUGGCAUCAGUUAAGAACUUCCAACUGGUUGCAACAGUUGAUCAAAGCCAGCCCGGUGGGAGGGGCGAUGAAGAAACAGUGCUGCUACAGUUUGGGAAGGUGGGAGAUGAUACUUUCACAAUGGACUAUCGGCAGCCUCUGUCAGCCUUCCAGGCUUUCGCAAUCUGUCUGACCAGUUUUGGGACGAAACUAGCCUGUGAGUAGCACUAUUUGUUUCCCGUUUCUGGGAAGGGUAUGCAGUAGUAAUCAUAUGCUCAUCGUGUAAAUGUGCUGAUUGUGUAUGGGUUGUUAGGUUGUUUCUUCCGUUUGCUACAUAUUUGGGUUUGGAUUGAUGGCAUCACAAGACAUUUUACCUCUUUUAAUACAGGAUAGUAAGUAGUAACUGCAUCCGGUUUGGAUCAA